AUUGAAAACAGACUGCGGUGUCUCCACGUGAUCCUUGAGCAUUCUGCGAAAACUUUCGGAGCGGACUCGGGACUUGUACUAUUGGGAGCGAUGGUGAGACCCUGUUGCGAGAGAAACCUUCUCAAUGAACAGAUGAUUCGGAGAGAGUAUUUAAAGUCGACACGCAGUUGAGAUGGGUUGCAAACGAAGAGAGCCCAUCGCACCUCGGGUAACGUGAAUAGGAUUGCGGCUACAUCCGUCGCGACCACCAGUUCCUCAGGUUGCUCAAACGCUCAGCCCGCUUCCGGAGCCAAACUUCGUCAAGGUCGAACUCGAUCCGGAGGCAGUGAGCGCUCGUAUCGCCGAGGAUUCCGCUGACUCGGACAUUCCUGAGGAGGAACCCAUCGAGCUCGCGUGCCUAUCAUCGUCGCCGACCGCCCUAAUCGGGAAUCCCUUCCAGCUCGUGCUCAAGGAGCCUGUCGCCCGCGCUCCCUUGGCGAUCCCCGAACCAGAGCUGUGUGACACUGAAACUCAGACCGAUCGGCGAAAAAUGUACGACCGAGGCGUGCAGACGUCGCGCGUCGAUAUAGUCGCCAUUGACUCAUCGAUACAGACGCAGCCGAAGCUCAAAAGCGUCACAAAUGACGAUGUCGAAGCAAACCACAUCAUAGGUCAACCGUCCCUCGUGCAGCUGUGGAAAGGGCUCCUAUUCGCUUCGAUGUCGGCUCUGUUCUUUUCGGUUUGCUCUGUUAUUGUGAAGAACUUAAAGUACAUGCCCGUAACUCAGCUGUCCAGCGUGAGGUUCUGCGGCAUUCUUCUCUUGUCGCUGCCGGCCGCAAUAACCAGGAGCGAGCCGCUUUUCGGGACGCCAGGGACACGAUGGAUGAUGCUGGUACGUGCGCUUGCAGGAGCCAUCAGUCUCAUGCUCCGAUUCUUCGCGUUCCAGCACAUGCCGCUCGGAGACGCUUCAACAAUCAUAUUUUCCGUGCCAAUUUUCGUCACGGUCAUGGCGCGGAUCUUCCUCAAAGAAGCCUGCUCCGUUUUCCACGUCGUGACUUGUUUCCUGACCCUGUUCGGGAUAGCCAUGAUAAGCAAGCUCCCAAUGCUGUUCGGGAAUCCCGACGACGCUCAACUCAUAGUCGGCGAGAAUAAUUUGCGACUCUAUGGAAUACUUGCGGCGCUGUCGUCCUGCGUCUUCGCCGCGUCAGUAAUUAUCUUGCUGCGCAAGCUGAAAGAAACCGAUCCAUACGUUAUCAUGUUCAACUUCGGUUGGAUCGCGCUCAUUCUAUCGGCGGUCGCCACCUUCAUCAUCCACGGGCAGCUGGUACCACCGAGAAAUCUCGUGGACGCGGGUCUACUCGUGGUUCUCGCCGUUCUCAGUUUCUUCGGACAACUGAUGCUCACGUUCUCGUUACGCACUGAGCAAGCUGGACCAGUGUCCGUGAUGCGAGCCACUGUCGACAUCGUACUCGUAUUCAUCUGGCAAGUCUUGUUCUUCGAAGAAAUUCCGGAUCUUGUGACCAUUGCCGGUGUGAUUUUGGUGAUGACCUGCGUGAUUUUCACGGGUUUCCGCAAAUGGGCUAUGAGCUUGCCCGAGCAGAGCAAUACGCGCAGGAAGCUCAAGUGGUGUCUCUGAACGCUCGACCGGAGAGUAACUUUUCUUCUAGCCUUUAGUCAACAACUUUGUCGGUGUAUUCGACGCCGAACUAGCGUAGGCGAUGUCGAUGCUCGGCCUCUCGGAGAUCCUCCCGCCCGGCACGAGCUCAGUGCUGGGUCCACUUUGUAAAAAGGGAGUCUGUCGGAAGAGCAGCUCAUUUGUAAAACCCAUUCAUCAUAUUCUGCUCGGUAUUUAGUUCUAUUUGGUAUGACGGGAAUUGUAUGGAGUAGGAAUCCAGUUAUCGAAUCGGGUGAGCGACGCCAAGCGGAGCCUUGGGAACUCGGACACGAGGAAUGUAUUUUCAA